AUGCUGAAAUCUUUGAUCAUUUCUCCAACACUUCCAUACGUCAAUGCAGAUGAUUUAAGUGUUGCUGGUGGCAUUCCAGAGAUAUCGAAAGCGAGUCCCAACGAUGGUGGUGGUGCCGACUUAUUAGACAAAACUCGUAGCAAUGGAUCAAUCGACUGUCGGAGAUUCAAAAAAAACCUUGCGCGCGCUUCAUUCAUUCUGAAAAAUAGAACAUAA